UGGGCGUCACCGCACGGGACUUGCGCCAUGGUGGCCAUCUCGUCGAAGCCCAGGUAUUCGCUCUCACAGUUCAGCGUGCAGAGUUCCCUCGGAGCAGGAGCAUUUGGGCAAGUCCAGAAAUGUGUGGACACCAAGACUGGAGAGGUCUUUGCGAUGAAGAUCAUUGAAAAGGCCAAAGUUACCCAAUUGCAGAUGGAAGAACAAGUGAAACGCGAGGUACUCACACAGCUCAUGGUGAAACAUGAGAAUUUGGUGAAACUGCACUACUACUUCGAAGACAGUUGUCGAAUUUACUGCUUAUUGGAAUUUGCAGAUCAAGGACCACUCUUCAACUACCUGCAAUUGGUGGGAAUGGUGAAAGCUCCUCGCGCCUGCGCGUUCUUCUUUGAUGCCACCAAUGGCAUCUCCUAUUUGCAUCACUUGUACAUAGCCCACCGUGAUGUGAAGCCCGAGAACCUUCUGCUCUUUGGUGACGAGCUGCUGGCGAAGCUGGGCGACUUCGGAUGGUGCGCCGAUUGGUCGCAGUCCACGCGCCGCACCUUCUGCGGCACGCUGGACUAUGCGGCGCCCGAAAUGGUAGGUGGCGAAGAUCAUGAUCAGCGGGUGGAUCUUUGGGCACUUGGAGUUCUUCUUUUUGAGAUGCUCUUUGCCCGUGCACCCUUCACAGGAAGGUCGCCAAAGGAAAAAAUGGAGAACAUCUGCGCGUUGAACUACCAGAUUCCGAGCGAUCGAGAGGAAGAGGAACUGCAUGCACCCGAAGAGAUCAUCCGUGGCCUUUUGGUCGAGAAAGAUCAACGACUGUCGCUGGACGACUUACUGCGGCAUCCUUGGGCCUGCAUGGUGAAGCGUGACAAAGCACCGCCGGAAACGCCGGAAGCGCCGCGGCCCUCGGUGGAAGUGCGCGACGUGCCACGGCCUAAGGCCAGGAAAGUCUCAAACACCUCUGAAGCCAUGUGUGUUCCAUUCAUGCAACCGGAACUCCAAGCUGCAGAAAUCCGACUGAUCCGAAUGGAGGAAGCUGCAGAGAGGAUCACCGACCGAUGGUAUGCAGCGGUGUUGACGGCCAAGCAGGAGAGACAAGCAGGAGUGUCCAGUGCCAACUUUUGGUACACCAGUGGAAACAGUGGAAAAGAUCUAUGGAAGUUGAAGGCGAACAACCCGGAGCUCUUCAAAAACCAGGGCAAUGCAGGGGAGGCUCUUCCAGCGGGGUUUGAAGAGACAGACAAACCAGGUUGGUACUACAAUCGAGCGGACAAGAUUUUUUUUGUGACCUCCAAUCGAAAGUUCUUGUGGCUGGACGAAGCAACCGGCGAGCACAAGGAGCUUUAUGAAGGGCAGCAGAUGCCCUUGAGCUUUUCCGGCGGUGCUGCUUCCCUUUCCGAGGCCGGCGGCAAAUCACCUGCGCCAAAGACGGUGGUCAUUCCAGAUUUGCAUCGGGUGGCAUCCGCCUUGAAGACCGACUUGUCGCACAUCGACAAGCCCGCCGCCAUGAUGGGAGUCUUUCAAGGCGAAACCGCUGCCCGUGGAUUUCACGAAAAGCUGGUCAAGCAUCUGGGGCAGAAUCGCAGCCGCUGGUUGGAUCAUCAACUGCUCGCGGGGCUGGAGGCCGCACUGUCGGAUGUGCUGACAACGCCCAUGGCCAUGUCGGUGCUGCUAAUCACCGGCACUCGUGCUCUGGCGGUUGCCACCGAGAACGCCACCUUCCGACUCACAGUGCGACAGGCCCAGUCGCCGUCCAUCGCCACGUCGAUCGUUGGAAAAGCCGCUGCCUCAAGGGCCAGAUUGGUUCUGUUGGGAGAGGGCGAUGCCCUGUAUGCAGCCGCUAGCGUGGGGGGACCGGCAACAUCUUUGGACGAGAACUUUGAGAAGAUCUUGGCCCCAGAACUCGGCAAGGGCUGGCCGCGCACAGGUUCCAUCUCCUUCUUGAAAUCCUUGCGUGACGUGCCUCACCAUGAGCCUUUGGCCGUCGCCUGUGCGCGGCUGCUUUCAAGCGAUGCCGUAUCAACGUCCAGUGAAGCUCCAGCCGCCAAGCGGUUGAAGGUAUCUUCCAGCCCCAUUUUUGCGGCUGGAACUUCUGCGAGUUCCGGCUCGGGCAAAGCCGACCAGGUGCGCCUGCGGCAGAUUCUGCUGCGAGUGGCCGCGGCUGGACCCCCAGUCAUGGAUCCCAUUCGCCGAAGCCAGGUGAAGCGAACUCAAGAAGAGGCUGAGAGAGAAAUGCUGGAAAUUCUGCAGAAUCUGGAAGCGGAUGGUAUGAAGAGUUUUCAGAAGGUGUGCCGCUCUGUGUCGCAAUGUCCAAGCGCCCUAAAGGGGAGCGACUUGGCGGGCGAUAUGGGAUGGCUGGAUCGAGUGAAAGGUGUUGGCAUUCAGCAAGAUAAAGCCAAACAAGGUGUUCGUCCACAAGUGCCAGCGGCGGUGCUGAAAGCGGCAUUCGAACUGGCUGUGGGCGAGGUUCACGAUCUCGUCUCCUCUGAGAUCGGUGUUCAUUUGCUGCAACGCACCGCUUGA